AACUUUCAACUUUCUAAAAGAAGAAAAAAAAUGUUAGUAAUACAACUACAACCUACCACAAAUUAGACAAACAACUUAUUAAUUACACACGGUAACCGUAUAUCGACGACUAAAUCAUAAAAUUUGUACAUCGUCACCAUCACACCACAAUAUUUUAGCGAUAUUUAUUGAAUAUUGAAAGGGUGAAAGGUCGUUUCGGGAAAAAGAUAACAGUACAAUGAUGAAAGAGGCUUUUGUUAACAUCUGUAAUGUACCAACACAUAUUUUUACAUGGGGCGGCUGGAUUGAAGAGUCGAUGGAAGAUGUUAAAGAAGUGGCCAUUUGUAUAACGGGAAAUCCGGGCUUGCCGGGAUUUUAUACAGAAUUUUGUGGAGAAUUACACAAGAGAUUGGAUGAGAAAAUGCCUGUAUGGGUGAUUGGACAUUUGGGUCAUGAUGAUCCUCCAGAAUCCAGUUUAAGAGAAGUUCCCCAAUUAAAGGGUAAUGAAGAAAUCUUCGAUUUAGAGGGACAAAUACGCCAUAAAAUUGAAUUCAUUGAAAAAUAUGUACCUUCCGGUGUUAAGAUCCACCUAAUGGGUCACUCUAUUGGUGCCUGGAUGAUUUUACAAAUGCUGCAAAAUGAUUCAGUGCGUAAACGUGUCAAGAAAUGUUAUUUACUCUUUCCCACCGUUGAACGUAUGAUUGAGUCACCCAACGGCUGGAUAUUCACUAAAAUCGCCUUGCCAUUAUAUUCCGUUUUCGGUUUCCUAAUCACUUUAUUCAAUCGCUUGCCCGAAUUAUUAAGAAUAUUCCUAAUACAAAUCUAUUUUUGGUUUUCCAAUAUACCCAACUAUUUCAUUGGCACCGCUUUGAAAUACACCAAGGCUUCGGUUUGUGAAAAAGUCGUUUUUCUAGCGGAAGACGAAAUGGCUCGAGUCAGAGGCUUGCAAAAGGAUAUAGUGCGCGCCUAUUUGGAUUUAUUGAAAUUCUAUUAUGGCACCACAGAUGGCUGGGUGCCGGUUAAGUACUAUAAUCAAAUUAAGGAGCAAUUUCCCGAAAUUGAUGCUGUAUUGGAUACUAAGAAAAUUGAUCAUGCCUUUGUUCUGCGCCACUCUAAGCCCAUGGCCUCUAUAGUCGGUGAUAUGAUUAUAGAAAAUUCUGAAAUUUUAGGUUUCAAAAAGAAUCUUUAAUCAGCCAUUUGAUCUCUUUUUUUUGUAUUAUUUUCAUUUGUAUGUUGGAUUACAAAAUCAUAAUUAUUUAUAUAAAAAAAGCAUUUAAAUAAAGUAAACGCAUAUAUUAAAUAUAAAGUGAAA